AUGAAGAUGAAUGAGUUUCAGAAGAAGGUGCUGUCCUUACCGCGUGUAGAGCCUGAAGUAGGCGAGAGUCUUGAGUACUACCAUAAGGGAAUAUGCGUGUCCAGAGGGGUGCCUAAAGAAGUCUUUGUAGAACUGGAAUCAUUUGAAGUUCGAAAGGAUGACAUCUACCUUGUUACCUACCCUAAAGCUGGUACAACGUGGAUGCAACAAAUAAUCAGUUUGAUUAUGGACGGUCUUAAGGCCGAGCACCAUAAGGACUUACACGUCUUUUUUCGAUUUCCUUUUCUGGAGAACACCUGGAUAAGUCAUUACUCCCAGGUCGGUUUGAUCCCACCAACGCACACACUGUUGGACAAGAUGCAACAAGACACACCGAGAAAGAUUAAGACGCAUCUCUCACCACUCCUCCUACCCAAGCAGAUUUUCGACAAGAGGCCAAAAGUUGUGUACGUAGCUCGAAACCCAAAAGACGUGGCUGUAUCGUACUACCACAUGCAUCAAUUCGAUACCAGCUUACAGACAUACCCCGGCUGGGAGAAGUUCUUUGAAAGAUUUAUAAAUAAGGAUGUUUCCGGAGGUGACUGGUUCCAGCAUAACCUCUUCUGGUGGGAAAAGCGACAUGAUGCAAAUGUUCUUUUCAUCAAAUUUGAAGACAUGAAAAAGGAUCUGAAGAAUGCUGUACAAGUUACUGCUGAUUUUCUGGAACGAACCGUGACGCAGGACGACUUACAGAAAAUCGUGGAAAAGUGCAGUUUUGAAAACAUGAAGAAGGACCCCAAAGUAAAUCCAGACAUGGUGUUGGAGUUUUGUAGUGACAGUGACGUAGUGAAUCAGCCACCGAAGGAAAAUAUUAUGUCAUUCAUGCGAAAAGGACAGGUUGGCGAUUGGAAGAACCAAUUCACGGUAGCUCAGAGUGAGUUGUUUGAUGAGCUAUUCCGGAAGGAAAUGAUGGGCACACAGCUGACAUUCGACUUCGAGUAAAUAUAUCUUUGUGGAAGCGUUUGUGGAGACACGGCUACAAUAGGCUUAUAAGUACUGUAGGUUUUAUCUGAUAUGACAAUGUUAAAAAGAGCAGCAGUUAUUACUAAACAGGGUGUUGGGUUGAUGUAGAGAUCUCGAUCUUAUUGACCCGUUCCGUAUUCAAAAUCCAAAAUAUAGCAGAUAUACUCGGAGACAGCAUUUUACACUGAAACAAUCUAGGCUGGAUUUCUUUCUUUUUAUAAUUAUAUCUUCUGAACUUUGGUUUUAACUUUGUUUCAUCUGAAAUCGCCAGUCAGGUUAUCAGAUAGCCCCAUAAAUGUGGCCUAUUUACUGGACUGCCUCCGUAAACAUAGGCCACACAUCCACAUGUACAAAAAC